UUCUAGUUCCGCUUAGAAGCGAAAGGCUGGUCUAGCACUUUGUACAAGACGACCUUGUUCCGCCUUUCAGGUCGAGCUUUCUAUGCCAGAACCAUAUCAAGAAGAACAAUGUCACCAGUAUUGUCCUCUAUUUGCAGUUGCUGCAGGCCAUUCCAAUGACGGCCAUGGUAUUAUCCCUCGCUUCGGUCCUUUAUUUCGCGCUCUCUCAUGUCCUCUGAAAUUGUUCUUUGUCCAGCUUCCCUUAACUUGCCUGUUUCCUUCCUCAUCAAUUCACUGCUUUGAGCCUCCUUUGGGGAGUGUGACAAUCCGACCGAGGUCCACAGAAUCUACUCGGCCUGCACGUUCGCCCCCAGCAAACACCAGUGCUCGACUACAGUCCUGUCCUACCCCAGUUUCAUGAUGUUACGAUUGACGAAUAUGCCCACGACUGAACAGCGAAGCUACGAUGAGUGCGAGUCCGAUACAGAAUCUUUUCAUUCUGCUAUAACGACGGCUCCCCCAGACGUCGAAGGCAGGACCAACUUCAAUGGGCAGAGAGGCAAGUCCGCUAGCCAGCACUUGGAAACAACGACUAUAUCCUCUGCGGCCAACAUCCGCACAAAACGGCAGCAACGAAAGCCAUCGUCUAGCCCGGUACCUAUCAUACCAACCCGAAGGUCAAGCAGCAAACGCCGCAAAACCUCCAGACUUUCAGCAACCACAGCCGACCGCACGCUCUUAACAAAUGAAUACUUCUUCUCCCUCGACGGCAUACUCGCCCUAAGCCGAGAAUUCACUCCUCUUCCUAGCGCCUCACAUUCAUCCUCCAACUCUCGCACAGCCACACGCCACCCUUCUCUCAACCCUCAGGAAGACCAUCAUAAUAACAGCUUCUCUCCGUCGACAGCGACCGAAGACAUGCAGCAUUUGUGCACAAGGCUUGACGAGAAACUGGCGUACACUCUCACCUACUCAUACUCGCGCAACGAGGAUUCUGAGUCGUCGUCUUCGCCUUCAUUGAGAGCCGCUAGCUCUAGAACUUCUGCCGACGGAUUUACACAGUCAAUUUUGCGCCGAGAUAACUCAAAUAACUCAAAUUCGGCUCACCAAGUACCUCAUAAUUCACGUCUAGCCUCCACGGAUCCUUUCCCCAGCAUGUCUGAUCAAUCCUUCAAGCCUCAUCGUCCUUGCUUGAACACGAUCCAUACCUGGACUAGCAAUCAAACGCGGAGGCUUGAAUACGAGAAGAUCGACCGCGCAUACAGCGGCCUACGCGGCUUCGUCAGAAGGGUUUUGCCACGUUGGCUACGGCCCAGAGAUGCUCGGACGGGGUUCUUCACGGGCGACUGUGAUGGAAGGAGCGUAAGACGGUUUAGAAUGGAUCUGGAUACCGAAGAAGAGUCGGUUGGGCAGCAUAACGGGAACAAAUUGGGGCAUGCCAAUGACGACACGAAACACAAACACAAAUGGAUGUGUUUUGGGUGAAAGAGAAGCCUUUACUCUCGGCUUGAAUGGCUCUGACCCAGGAGCAAAUCCAUGACAGGCUAGGCGAGCUUGACCGGAUCAACUACAUGGAUGAAAACCGGCCCUAGCGUGAACAAUACUUCUCUACAUUGCGGGUCCAUUGUGCUUGAUUACGAUGCUAGGAUAAGCUCAAAGAAGACGAGCUCAAAGAAGACGACUGCUAAUAUGGAAAGCUAUGGCGAAUAGCCUGGUCCUCAGUUGGAUACUACGAUGUUUCGCAAGGAUGAAGCACUCUGCAACAACAAAUUCGGAAGUUCUUGAUGGACAAGGUAACGGAAUAGCCUGUCUCUGCGAUGUCUGUUUAUAGUUGCACAUUCAUUUCACCACAUCUUGUCACAACAUGUAACGCAGAUAGUAAAGUACUGCCAAGUCGAGCAGUGUUGGAAAUAUCCCUAGCUAGCUAGCCAGUCAAUCAAUCGAUGACCGAG